AUGUCUUCACCACGUUAUGAUACAAAAUCUCAUGUUUCACACAUCGCUCAAUCUUAUACCGAUGUUAAGGGUGAACAAAAACACGAAUUAAAUGAUAAAUAUGUUCAACCUCUAAAAGAACCUUCUCCAAAUUUACCUUUUGAUCAGAAGUUGGCUAUUGAAAAAGAAAGUCAUAAACAAAAGGCUGAUCGUGAAAUUAAAGAAGCAGAUGAGGAAGUUUCUAUAAAUACCUUUGAUCAUAAUGAAAUAUCAAAAAAUAUUUUAAUUGGUUCUUUCAUUGGAGGAUGGAAUCAACUUCGACCUUUAAUAGAAAUUUGUAAGAUAUUAGUGAAUCGUGGAUAUAAUGUGACAUUGAUCUCACCAGGAAAAUAUUCAUCGCCAUCAUCAGAUUACCCGAUAAUCCAUCAUAUUUCUUCGGGACCUUCAUUCGAUUUAAGUAAUAUACCGGAAUACCGAGAAAUCCUUUCAGAAGAAUAUAGUAUUAAAAUGUUUGGCAGUUUAAAAAAUUAUUUAAAUUCAAAAUAUUUAAAUGAUUUUAAUUUAUAUAAAAAAUUGGCUAACGAAACGAUUAAGGUUGAUUUGUUUUUUUGUGAUUUGUUCUUAAAUGAAGCAUGCAUUGACGUUGCUUGGUUAAUGAACAAACCCUUGGUCACCAUGUCAUCUAAAUUAUCGAUGACAUAUGUCCCCUACAAAUCCGAUCCAAUGAUGGGAUGUCAUGUAAAUAUGGAACGAGAAACAUUUCUGGAGAGGUUCCGAUGUGCGGUCAUCGCACCUAUUCAAAUGAAUUAUGUCCUCUCACCUCACACAAAAAGGUUAAAUGAAUUAAGAAAAAGUAUAGACAUUUCAAAUUCCAAAUCUUUUGAAAAAUUACAAAAUUCUUUAUUUCUUGCUGAUACAUUUUUUGGUUUCGAGACUCCGCAUCAAACUCCACCACUUUACCAGGAAAUUGGACCAAUCAUGUCGGAUAAUUAUCCACCUUUAACACAGAACCUUUAUAAUUUCAUUGCUUUACACAGGAGAAUAAUAUAUGUCAAUUUUGGCACUCAAAUCUGCACGACAUACAAGACCAAUGUAAUCCUCCUUCAAGCGUUUAUCGAAGCGAUAAACAAUAAUAUAACAGAUGGAAUAAUUUGGACACUUGAAAAAUCAUCGUCAAAAGUGUUAUUCCCAUCUACAAUAACAUUAUCAGAUAACAAAACUAUUAUAAAUACUUCAAGUCAUCCGAGCAUUCACAUCAUAGAAUAUUCCCCACAAUUUGCAAUAUUAAAUCAUACAAAUGUUAAAAUACAUUUAACACAUGGGGGAAUAGGAAGCAUUUAUGAAUCGUUGUAUACGGGAACACCAAUGUUAUUAUUACCUAUCGCGUUUGAUCAAUUAGGAAAUUCCGAAAAAUUAUUAGAAAAUGGUGUUGGAUUAUUACUUUCAAAAGGUUCACUUGAUGUUCAAGAUAUUAUUAAAAAGAUUAAAACGUUACAAAAAGACAAAGACAUACUCGUGAAUGUAGAAAGGAUGAAAAAUCUGGUCAUCAUGAAUAGCAAAAGAAAAUUUAGGGCAGCAGAUUUGAUUGAAUUUGUUUUAUUUUCAAAUCAUUUAAAUUCAAUGAUAGAACUUCAGGAAAAUAGUUUUAAAGAUGAUUUAAAAGUAUGGAGGAUUACACCAGAAACGAGAUUAGGAUUUAAAUACUUGGACGUUUACGUUUCUCUUUUGGUGGGAUGUUUAAUGUUUAUUGUGAUAAUAAUUUGGUUAAUUUGUGAGGCUUGUAAAUCAAUAUUUGGAAAUUUAAUCUCGGUUGUUACGGGUCAUAAAAUGACUUAUACUUAA